AUGGCUUUAGAUAUUUUAUGUAGGCUUUGCUUAGAAGCAACUGGUUGUAUUGAAAUUUUUCAGUCAGACAGAUUGGCAGACAAUAUUUUCUUAGUUACUACAGUAAAAGUAAGCAGUUUAGAUCCAUAUCCACAAAAGUUAUGUGAAAAUUGUUAUGAUAUUAUUCAGCUGACUAUUGCAUUUCGGGAUUCCGUUAUACUUAAUGAUAAACAGAUAAAGAACAUCAUUACUGACCAAUAUCUUGAAACAAAGCCAUCAUUGGAGCCAACUGUAUCAUUUAAUGUAGUUGAACACAUAAAAGAAGAAAGAAAUGAUGAAUUAAAUAACAGUGUUUGUUUUGUAGGAGAAUAUAUUCCACAAGACAUUAAAAGCAAAACCAAAUUUUUGGUUCCAAAUCUUGAGGAACCUCAAUCUUCAAAGAAUGUAACCAUCACAGAAGACUUUAAGCCAUCCAAACUUAUGAAAUUUGAAGAUGAACCGGACUUUAUGUGUGAUAUUUGUCCGAAAAUUUUUACAACAGCAAAAAAGCUUUACUGUCACAGACGAGUACAUAAUAGAAUACAUGAGUGCAAAGUCGUUGGUUGUACAAAACGAUUUGCUACAAGAGGGGAUCUUAGAAAACAUAUUAGAACACACACAGGAGAGAAACCAUUUGUUUGUGAUAUGUGUUCUAGGAAAUUUGCUCAGAAUGUUACUUUGAAAUUCCACAAAGAGAGUGUACAUGGUGUAUUAUCAGAUACAUGUAUAGAAAGCAAAUGGGAUUGUAGCCCUACAAUUCAGGAUAUUGAGGCGGAAAGUUGA